GUCGUACUAACUUUCACUAUUGGUGCCUGGCGUGUGGGCGUGAAGGAGGUGGUGGUUGCGGGGCCUGGCCGGUGAAAGGCUGCAAUGGCUGGCAGGCCGGCUGGUCCACCCACGCGAACACCCACCAGCGCCGCCCUCCUGCAUGACUCUCACUUGGGACUCGUUGGGUUGAUCCAGGUCGUGUUUUCUCGUACGUCAGAUCAACCCUCAGACCUAGAUUUCGAGCGCGGUCAUAACAUUUUCUUCUGGGUCAUUUGAAUAGGUAAAUCUUGCAUGAUUAUCUAGAAGAACUUGGCUUUGAAUGCGUGGGUAAACUUCUUCUGGUUUUUGCAUAGCUUGAUCUUGCUAGAACUUGACUUGAACGUGUGGGUGAGACUUCUGGCUCUUGAUUAGUCAAAUCUUCCAUGAAUAGCUAGAACUUGACUUGGAAUGCGAAGAAUAAGACAAAUAGCAAAAAGAACGUCACUGCCUCUGUCAUUACGUCUCCUGUUGGUUACCGUUCUAAGAGCCUUCAUCGUUCUUCCAACAGCACCAUGAGGCGCCUCCUUCUGGCGGCGGUGCUGGUAGCGGCGUGUCGGGGCGAGGCGCAGAAGAGGAACGAGUGGUCUUGGGGGUCAGACAGCGAGGAACCCAAGGCGGAGGAUGCGAAGAAGAUCUCAGGGAGGUCAGCCGCUAUUCACGGCCCGCCUGGAGGCAUUACUUCCUUCGCCCCAGCCCCAGGACAGCAGCUAGCCCCAGGACACCAAUUUGCCCCAGCCCCUGGAUCACAUCAAAUCCCAGGACUCCAUCUCAGCCCCGCUUCAGGACACCCUCACAGCCCCGCUCCAGCUCUAGGAGUCCGCCACACACCCGCCCCAGCCCUGGCAGCCCACCCGGGACCUGCCUCCCUCGCGCCAGUGGUCACGGGACACCACCAGCGCGGCGAGGACCGGAGCAUCGCGGUGGCUGGGCACGGAGACGGCCAAUCGGAGGGACGCUUCCUGGGCAUCAAGGACAAGCUGUGUGAAGUGGGCCUGGCCUUUGACUGUUACAAGGGCAAAGGCUACAAGGGCGGCGGCUACAGCCAUCACGACAUCGACUACGUGCAGCCCGUCCAGGUGGUGGCCGUCGGGGGUCCCAUCGCGGCCGUACCCAUCUCCCACGGCUACAAGGGCAAGGGUUACAGCCCUCCCGUACCUAUCACCUACCCCGCCCCUGCCCCGCCUAUCUACCACCCCCCUCCCCCAGUGCCAUCGUACGGCCCCCCGCCUCCCCCGAUCUACCCCCAGCCAGGCUACGGACAUCAUGACGUAGUGAAGCACGUCCACCAGCACCAGCAUGUGUACGACGCAUACUCAGGAAUCGGCGGGAGCUACGGCAAAGACAACUCCUACGGCAGCAAAGGCGCGUACUCCUCCCACGAAUCCCUUAUCGACAAGUCCAGCGCCGGAAGACCACUGCCAACCAUCCCCAUUAUCCCGCCAAGACCUCCUUUCUCCCCCUCUGUAGGCUUCCCAUCCUCCUCUGGCGGCUUCCCAUCCUCCUCUGGCGGCUUCCCAUCCUCCUCUGACGGCUUCACAUCCUCCUCUGGCAGCUCCUUCCCGUCCUCGCCCUUCCUGAAUGACUGUGAGUGUGUGGAGGCCCGUUUCUGCUCCAUCGGCGACGUCAUCCCAAGGAGUAACAGCAUCCCGCACAUCACCGCUCGGAACAAGAGAACCGAGACGCUCUCCACGGACGACAAGGACGACAACGAUAAGGUAAAGUUCUCGGCCUCGGAAGGUCGCGAGGUGGUGGUGAAGGCCGAAGGGGAGGCGAAGAAGGGCGAGGAGAAGUCCAGGAAGAAAAGGGACUCCGAUAAGGUGAUCUUUGAGGACGAGAGGAGACCGGCGAGGGAUACGAUGAUCUUCAGAGAAAACUUUGACAUUGGCAGCAGAGGCAUCCCAGCGCACUCCAGCAGCCGGCAAGGGUUCGGCAACGAAAUCUCAGGGCCUUGCGGCUUCGGUCGUGUGUGCUGUCGACACCCGAUCUUCAGGCAGCAGCGAGCCAUCAGUACCUGCGGCAGGAAGCGUAACUCCGUGGGGACGCUGGGCCGCGUCAAGACCAACCGCUUCGAGCAGGGCGACACGGAGUUCGGCGAGUACCCUUGGCACGGCGCGAUCCUGAGGCGCGACUCGGGGGACAACGUGUACGUUUGCGGCGCCGCACUCAUCGACUCCCGCCACUUGGUCACCGCCGCGCAUUGCAUUACCGGCCUGACGCCGGGAGAGCUCAAGGUCCGCCUGGGUGAGUGGGACGUGAGUGGCAAGUCCGAGUUCUAUCCCCACUUUGAUACCAACGUGGCCGGCCUCUACUCCCACCCUGACUUCUACGCCGGGAACCUCCAGAACGAUGUCGCCAUCAUUCGAGUCCAGACCCCCGUCGACCUGGUGUCCAACCCGCACAUCGGUCCAGUGUGUCUGCCCGACCGCUUUGCAUCCUUCGCCCGCCAACGCUGCUUCGUCUCCGGCUGGGGCAAGGACGCAUUUGGGAACCGCGGCAGCUUCCAGCACCUCCUGAAGGAAGUGGACCUGCCCAUGGUGGACCGGAGAACCUGCCAGACCGCCUUCAGGAGGACCAAACUCGGCUCCCAGUUCAUCCUCCACGACGGAAUGAUCUGCGCCGGAGGAGAGGAAGGGAAGGACGCCUGUGAGGGCGAUGGUGGGAGCCCCUUGGUGUGUGAGGGCGUAGACGGGAGUGUGGAGCUGGCGGGCCUGGUCUCAUGGGGUCUGGGCUGCGGCGAGCGAGGCAUUCCCGGAGUCUACACCAACGUCCCCUACUACAUGGACUGGAUCCGCUCCAUUACAAAAAGUUAGAAGGGACGUCAGGGAGAGAUUGGAUGCGUGUGUUAGGUUAGUGACUCGUGUGGUAGGGUAGAUGUAGUAGUUGUGGUAGUAGUAGUGGUUGUUGUAUGUAAUGGGGUGUGUUACUACUGAAAUAUGUCCAUUACAAGAAGUUAAGAGAGGAUACGUGUAGUAGGUCAAUGAUAGUCAACGUAAUGGUGAUUGAUUGUAGUGGGAUCUUGUGUUACUACCAAAAUCUGUCCUAUCCAUUACCAGAAGUUAAAGAGUUAUGUCAAGGAGAGGAUAUGUGUGGUAGGCCAAUGGUAGUUAAUGCCUUGUUCUCGUUGUUGUGUAGUUCAUGGUAGUUCCCGUUUAACUACCAUAACCUCAUCUGCCCAUUACAAGUAGUUAGUGGAAUGUCAGUAAGAGAAUGUGUGUUAGAUUAGUGUUACUUUAGUGGUAGUGUUUGUUGUGUUAAUACCAUUCCCUCACUGCUCCAUUACGCUGAGGGGGUUGUCAGGUUGGUAUGGUAGAGAGUAGUGUUAUUAGUGGUAGUGGUUGUGAUGUGUACCUCAAACCAGAGUGAGUGAGAUGUGUUAGUGUGUAUUAGUGUGUGUCAGUGUGUUAGAGCAUUAUGUGUAUGGUGUCAGUUCUCUCUUUCUUUCUUUUAUUUAUUCGUAAGUUUUUUGUUGUAUCUGAAUGUCUUGCUAUGGCACUAUAAGAUUGUGUUCACCCCCUGCGUGUUUAUAGGAUUCAAAACAGUGUUGUAUCAUUGCGCUGUCGUUGGUGGUCUCAAGUCUUUGUUAACGCAGCUCUUCUAGGCAGCUCGAUUCUUGGCUUCAAAUUCCUAAAAACUAUAUGAUGGAUGUGAACCUUCCUGAUAAUAAGGGUUUUGAGUGGAAGGUGCAAUUAUUGUUAUGUACUUUCACCCUUAUCUGGGCCUAGUAGUAUUUUUGUUACGUCUUUUCAUACUUUUUUUUCUAGUUAUGUAUAGUUUUCUUUAGCAUGGCGCUGUAACUUCAUGAUUUUUUUUGUCUUUUUUUCUUCAUUUUUUUACCUUUGAGCUGCUUCCCGUACUGUAAAAUAAUAAUGAUAUAGUUUUCUUGAGCAUUGCGCUGUAACUUCAUGAUUUUUUUUCUUUUUUCUUCAUUUUUUUUGCCGUUGAGCUGCUUCCCUUACUGCAAAAUAAUAAUGAUAUAGUUUUCUUUAGCAUUGUGCAGUAAUGUCUUGAUUGUUUUUUUUUCUUUUGUCUUCUUUUCUUGCCCAUGAACUGAUUCCCUUACUGUACAAAAAAAAAAAAUGUAGCCUCAAGCAAAACUCCAAGUCGCCUGGAAGACCUGCGUUCAUAGACUUGUUUUUUGCAGUCGAUGGAGUCACGCUAAAUUAUUUCUUGCCACGUGUUGUCUUGUUGUUCAGGGAUUGCGUCUCAUCGCUGUGUGGAUACUGCUUGAUUCCCGACGUCCGCUGUGUGUGUCUGUGUCUUAGGGUCAUAUUCUUAAACAUUUCGGCGCCCAAACACUUACAUUUAACAAGGCUUUGGUAGGCGUUUUAGGCAUUUUCAUGGGUAGUUUCAUGACCCUGGUGGUAGUUUGACUCUACUUCUGCACCAGGAACCUAAGAAAACACUCAUUAAAACCCGAUUGAUCUCCUUUUCGGCCUUUGGAAAUAGCUGAUGUGAGGGAAGCGUCUGACAGUACCGACUUUAGGUCCGUAUCUCAAACGCUUUCGGCUCCCACACUAUUAUUUCUAAAGGCGACAGAGGAUAUAUGUCGGGUUCUCAUGAGCGUUUUUCAUUUUCAUGGUGCAGAAGAAGGGUCAAACUACCACCAGGGUCAUAAAAGUACCCCUUGAAAUACACAGAACCUCUACGAAAGCCUUGUCGAACGUGGGUGUGUAAGCCCCGGAUUGUGUGAGACUAUGGAGCUUAAGAACAUUGUGUUAGAAAAGCUAUCUCUGUUAAUUAAUCUGUUAUCUGGUCCCCUGCAGCCUAGUUUACCAAAGCCUUAGGAAGUAGUGCAGACUUACAUUGGGUUGUUUUUUUAUUUAUGUUUGUCGUUUUCUAAUUCGUUGUAUCCAUGUGUUUGAUUAAUACCUGGUUUGUUUUGAGAUUGAUAAUGGAUGAUUUGUUUUUAU